AUGCGGGUCGACAUGAGCCUCGUGGAUCCGCCGUCGCUUCAACCCGGCCGUUUCGACGACGCAGAUAUCGGAUUCGCCGCGCCGUCGUUCCCGCUGCCUGCAGUGAAGGAUUUGGACGGCUUCCAGAACGCGGCGAUGGAGAUGGUGAAGCCCCAGCACGGCACCACCACGCUCGGAUUCGUCUUCCAGCACGGCGUCAUCAUCGCCGUCGACUCGCGCGCCACCAUGGGCACUUAUAUCGCCUCACAGACGGUGAAGAAGGUGAUCGAGAUCAACAAGUACCUGCUGGGCACCAUGGCGGGCGGCGCAGCGGAUUGCCAGUUCUGGCAGCGCAACCUGGGCAAGCAGUGUCGGCUGCACGAGUUGGAGAACGGGAGGCGCAUCAGUGUGGCGGGGGCGUCGAAGCUGCUGGCCAACACGCUCUUCUCGUACCGCGGCAUGGGGCUCUCCAUCGGCACCAUGGUCGCCGGCUGGGAUGAAACGGGCCCAAAGCUGUUCUACGUGGACAGUGAGGGGUCGCGCUACGAGGGCCGGCGGUUCUCAGUGGGGUCUGGCUCCACUUAUGCCUAUGGCGUGCUGGACGCAGGGUACCGGUGGGACAUGUCAGUGGAGGAGGCGGAGGAGCUGGGGCGAAGGUCCAUCUACCAUGCCACCUUUCGUGACUCUGCUAGUGGUGGCACCGCAUCAGUGUACCAUGUAGGUCCCGAAGGCUGGACGAAGGUGUCGGGUGACGAUGUAACAGAGCUACACUACAAGUACUACCCUCUGAAGGAGGAGGGUAAGGAGGAGGCGGAGGCUAUGGUUGAUGCAUGA